AUGGAAGAAUAUUUGGAAGCUACAAGUUACCAAUGCAACAAAGGUUUUCUUAGGAGGGCAGGAAGUGAUAUUCUUCCCACCAAGAGUAACAUUGCAAAACGUGGAGUAGUGAAAGAGGAAACGUGUAUGCUCUGUUGUAGUGAGAGGGAGACAGUAGCACACAUCUUAUGGUCAUGUUUGUUGGCACAUGAUGCUUGGAGUGUUAGUGGACGGAAUUUCCAGAAGAGUUUGUGUGAGGCUAUGAACUUCAUUGACAUUAUAGAUUACUUGUUUCAACACUGCAGCAGAGAGGAUAUGGAUUUAUUUGCUACCACUACUAGAAAUAUAUGGAACAGACAUAUAUUUUUUCUUCACGGAGGCCCUUUCCAUCAUCCUAAUUAUGUUGCUAAAGAAGCAGCUCUUUCGGUGCAGCAAUACUGGAAUGUUGCUUUAACUAGGGAAAAUGAGAGCAGGCCUACGGGUGAAAUGGCACAAGUACACUGGACACCUCCUCCACAAAAUUUGUUUAAAGAAAAUUGGGAUAUAGCUCAGUGCAAAGAAAAACAGCGAAUAGGGAUCGGGAUUAUCAUAAGAGAUUUCAAGGGUCUCGUAUGUGCAGCUCUAAGUCAAACAAUAGAGAUCUACACCGAGGUUGCAACUGCAGAAGCCAUGGGAGCACUAAGAGUGAUAGAAUUCUGCAAGGAUAUAGGGAUACAAGAGGUGAUUUUUGAAGGUGAUGCUGAGGUGGUCGUAAAAGCCAUUAAUAAACAUGACUCUACGUUGUGCUGA